CGUGGCCGUGACUGCGGUCUCUUGGAACAAUGGGUGUGGACCCAGCCGUGCGCACGUGCUGGCGAGCUGUACCGCAAGUGGUUUGGGGAGGAUCGACAUCUUGGAAGGAAAGUGGAUGCGCGGUGUGGUUCCAUACGGGUCGAUCGAGGCCAUAAGACGGGAGAGGACUGGCUCGGGCGAGAUGGCUAGCGAUAGUGAAUCGGAGUGA